AUGGGCGAUAGCGCUGCUCGUGGCAGUCGUAGCCGUCUCAAUCGCUGUGGAUGUCUCUCAGCGCAGCCGGACCUCCGCGCCUUCCUUGCCUUCCCCCUCCCCUUCUCGCGCAUCCCGCUCAUCCCGCGCAUCCCGCUCAUCUCAUUCCUCGACCUCCGAGGGAACCAGUCGGCGCAACAGUACUUCCGCGCCUUCUGUGCCCUCCACGCAUUCUCCUUCCCCUUCCCGCUCAUCUCGCUCACCCCCCUCAUCCCGCUCAUCCCCCGCAUCCCGCUCAUCCCACUCCUCAAACUCCGCGCGAAGCAGCCGGCGCAACCGGACCUCUGCGCCUUCCUCGCCUUCCCCCUCCCCUUCUCGCGCAUCCCGCUCAUCCCACUCCUCAAGCUCUUCGCGAAGCAGUCGGCGCAACAGUACCUCCGCACCCUCUGCACCCUCCCCGCCUUCACCCUCCCCCUCCUCUUCCCGCUCAUCCCACUCCUCCCGCUCCGCGACCCCCGCGCGAAGCAGUCGGCGCAACAGUACCUCCGCGCCCUCCGUGCCCUCCUCGCCUUCCCCCUCCCCCUCCGCGCGCAGCAGUCGACGCAAUCGAACCUCCACACCCUCUGCGCCCCGGAGCCACACAGGACGGAGGAGUCGGUGGGGGGCGUUGGCGGCGUGCCGCUAACGACGCUGACGCUGCUGCCGGACAAUCUGUACAAGGCCAAGUGCCUUGACGGCAGUCCCCCGGGGUACUACUUCCGCCCAGGCGUGGGCACCGGCGCAAAUAACUGGCUGAUCGAUCUCCCCGUGGGCGGGUGGUGCACCACCGUCGAGGAAUGCGCGGAGCGCGCGGGGACCGAGUUCGGCUCCACGCGCCGCUGGCCCAAAGUGAUCGGCGGAGGAGGCGCGCCGGAAGGCGCGGGCGCCGCCGCCGCUUCCGCCGUGGCGGACGCCGUGUAUCAGUAUACGGUGGUGAGAGCCGGGGGGAGGGGGGAGCAGGUCGGGGAGGGUGGGGGGGAUAAGCGCAAGGAGCGCUUCCGCUGUGGUGGACGCCGCCGUGUACCAGUAUUCGGUGGUGAGUGUGGCGCUACGGGGGGUGCGAAUAGCCGCGCGGACGGCGGCGGGCGCAAGGGGUCGUCGCGCGGCAUUCUGAGCACGGAUCCGCGCGUGAACCCCACGUUCCACAAAAUCGUCCAUUCCCCCUUUCCCAUCCCCCUCGUUUCUCCCUCUCCCGUUCAGACCGCUGCGGGCGUAAGGGGGUCGUCGCGCGGAAUCCUGAGCACGGAUCCGCGCGUGAACCCCACCUUCCACAACUGGAACCUCGUGCGCUUCAUCUACUGCGACGGCGGCGGGUACGCCGGUCGAGUGCGGUGGAAGCCGGUGAACUCGAGCCUCAUCGUGUAUCUGGACGGGUGGAGAAUAUCCAAGGCCAUUUUCAUGGAUCUCCGCACGCGGCGCGGGCUGACAUCCGCAACGAACAUCAUCAUGUCAGGGAGCUCGGCGGGCGGGCAGGCAGUGGUGACGCUGUGCGACCAGCUGGCGGAGAUGGCGCCCGCCGCGCGCACCAAGUGCCUCAUGGACUCGGGCUUCUUCAUCGACUCUCCUGACCGUGCGGGGGUGUAUACAUUCCGCGCCAUGGCGCAGCGCUUGGUGGGGCUGCACCUGUCGCUGGGGAACCCACGCUGCCAGCGGGCCUUCCCGGGCAUAGAGAGCUGGCGCUGCUUUUUCCCCCAGUAUGCUCUCAACUUCGUCAAAUCGCCAAUCUUCGUCCUCCAAUCACUCUUCGAUGUGCGAGCUCUCGCUCUUGGUAACCAGCUCCCGCCAAACAUCGGCCAAGCCACCGCUUGCCUGGGUGACAUUCUCAAGGCCGCUCCGCGCGCGGGGACAGCGAUAAAGACCCGCGCUUACCGGAGGAACCGAGUGGGGGUGAGCAAACUGUGCCCCGCGGAAAGUGUAGCCGUUUUGAAUGCCGCUUCGGACGUCUACACCGCAGUACAGAAUCUGAUGCUGAAAAAGUCGGACCUUACAGCGUUUUUACCAGGUAACACGCAGCACACCUACACGUUCAAUCCGUCGUGGGAGUUUGUCGCGAUAAAUGGUACAACGGUGAAAUCUGCUGUAGAUGCGUGGGUGGAAGAAUCUUUGAGGUACUCGAGGCUCUUAGCUUCUUGA